CUUCAUUAUUCAAAGAGUAUCUAUGAAAUAACACUGAUAACCUUCAGAACUUAUUGCUGUGAUAUUUCCCCUCUGCUCUCUUCUCAUCGAAUCCAUUGUGAGAGCAAACGUAAAGCUAAGAAAAGUCAGCCGCUUCUUGUGGCAACUGAGCUGGUCUGGUGUCCACACCCGCACCCAGUCCCAGGUGCCUGCCUGUCUGCCAGGACUGCUGCCCACCCGGCCCUCGCACACCCCAGCCCCCUCUGCGGCCGGCCUCCCUCAGGUCUGCCCACCUGCCCUCCUCAGAAUCAGGUACUGGGCUGACAAUAGUGGCGAACACAAUGACUGUAAGGCUCAUUCACCUGUAAGCCAACGCAAGAGUUUCGACCCCGUCCCCGUGGAUGCCAAGGUCUGUGUUCCUACCAGUGAAUGAAUAUUGCCAAGAUGCCGCUUCCCUCCAGCGCUGGCUGUUAGUGGCCGUGUUGUUUGUUUUCAGCCCCGAAAAUAAAGGAAAUAAUCUUACUAUUUCUACAUGACACGAUUGUUGCACAAUUUUUUAGGCAUCGCACGUGCUGCAGUAAUUCAGCCUCACGUUACUGAGCAGCAAACCCUUGGCGCGGCGCGGCGCUGCCCGGCGAGGUGGGCGGCGAGGGGCACGCAGCAGCGCCGCCACGGACGCCCUCGGCAUGGAGGGGUGUCAGGCGAGCGUGUUCGUAUGUACGUUUCUAUGUUAUGUGUUUGUGCGUGCGUGUCUGGCAGCGAUACAUUGGACGGAGGUGGUCCGGGAAGUAGGCAUGACGCAAGCAUUCCUAACAGGUGAACAUUCUGGUCAGCCACUGUUAUACUGACGCCGACGAGCCAUUUUAAAAGCUGAUCAAGACAGCUACAGUAUAUACUCAGGAAUACACUCAAUAAGCCAUAAACUGCUAAGAAGCGCGCGUGCACACACACACACACACACACACACACACACACACACACACACACACACACGGACGCACACUCAUCCAGUCCGACCACACACGCCUCGCCCGAUGCCAGCCAGGGUCGCAGUGCACAGAGAGGCCGGGCGCGGCGCACGAAGAGGCCGCCUCCUCCUCCUUCUUUCCCAAAGUUUUGUGCGGCAGAUUUCGUUGUGAAUCUAAGGAGCAAAACCCUCGCUAUCUCCCAUCAUCCGGAUAACGUGUCGAGUGUGGUGUACGUGCAGUGACGAGUGCCUGGUGGGAAAGUUGUGAUUUGGCAUAUACCGUGACUGUGUGUCGUUGAAAGUACUUCCUGCGGACACAAGGAAAAAGGCAAGAUAUUGAGAGAGCACUACGCCCGCGAGCCAAUGAGGUGACAGCGAUGGGGACAUUCCAGAAGUUCUGCCUCCGGUGGAACAACCACACAACAAACCUGCUGGGCACUCUUGGCCACAUCCUCGCCUCUGAACAGCACUCAGACGUAACGCUAUGCUGCCAAGGUGAAGUUUGGCGGCUACACAAGCUGGUGUUGUGUGCAUCGAGUAGCCACUUUGAGAAGCUCCUCGGUGCACUCCCUCCCGGCAAUUCUCCCAUAGUAGUGCUGGAUGGCCCUCACCCUCAGGAUGUCGCCUCUCUGAUACAUUUCAUUUACCACGGAGAAGUGAACGUUGACCAGGAGAACCUUACAUCUCUUCUCAGAACAGCAGAGAGCCUCAAGAUCAAAGGCUUAGCAGAAGUUUCAUCAGUAACAAGCAGUGGUGAGCCUAAAGGUCACAGUGAUGAUGAAUGCCAAAGACAGUUUAACAGAGGAAGGUCAAGGAUUGCCACUUGUCACUCUACACCAAUCUAUGGCCUCGGUGCUGAAUAUCCAACAGGAAUGUAUGGAUUUAUUCCACAGCCUUUGUCUCCCCAUAAUCAAGUACCUGACCCCUUAGAGCGAGACCCGUCACCUCUGAACCUCUCCUUCAAUGGUUCUCUCAAAAACAUUCACGAUGAAACUCCUCAGGAAAGACAAGAGAGGCGAAACCGCCUUGAUGACCUCCUCUAUGCUGCCACCGAGCGCAGCAAGAAGGAGGAAAGAAGAGAGGCGCGUCGGGAGGCGCGUGAGGCAGCCCUUCGUGAGGCUGCAUCAGUCCGUGAGGCAUCGGUGAUAGUUCCACAGGAGCUGCCCGUCACCCCGCCAGCAAAGCGUGCCAGAACAAGUGAUAUACCUCGAGGCUCUACUCUCCCUGCCCAUCAAGCUUUCCAUAUUCCUCUAGUGAACUUGAGCAUUCCUACCGCUGGAUCAACCUCAGUCAUAACAACUCAGAAUCUGUCCACACAGACCUCCUAUCCUCCGCAAGAUGUCUUACCUCUUGAGAAGGCGCCCAGUGUUAUCCAGAGCUCAGAUGUUCAACACGAGCAACAUGACAGUCAAGAUGUUGAUUCCUCCUCAGAGAAGUCUCUUUGCAAAACUGAAAAGCCUGAGGAGCCUAGUGACAUGAACAUUACGGAAGAAACUGCUCUGAAUAGUGACGAGAGUGACACCCAAAGUGCCCCCGAGACCACCAGUGAAGCAGCGACGGCUCUGGCCCCACAGGCGGCAGUGCCCUCCACCACCACCGCCGCCACACAAGUGGGCUCAACCUUCAGUGUGGAUGGUGUCAGCCAGACGCCUUCCUGCAUAUCCACCGUCGUUCCAAAUCCAGCUCACAGCAGUGCAAAUGGUCCUGUAAAUACUCCUCCAUCAGAGCCCAGCGAGGAGAAGGUGACGCCGUAUUACCACAGCAUCUUGCAGCAAGUUGCAGAAGGAAAUACAAGUGGAGAAGCCACGUCUUCAAAUGCUCAAAGAGUCACCAUAAAUAUGCGGACCUUCAAGGAGGAAUGGCGAAGACAGCUGCUGGUCGAUUAUGACACACGAACCAACAUGAGCAUCUGCAUGCUGUGCUUUACAACCUUCAAGUCUUAUGAUGGACCAAGGAAAAACACCUACGUCAAACACGCCAAACGCUUCCACCCGUCUUUAGAAGAAUACUCCGAACAGGAAAGAGAUCUCAUCAUUAACAUGUAUGAAAAGUAUCACAAGUAUGACGUGGACAUGCAAAAAGAAGUGAACAAGUCUUACAGAGCUGCAAAUGCUAUCGUUGCCUUGGGUAAAAAAGGAGCCAAGCAUUGUGAUAUAACCACUGAAGCAACAUGUGCCAAUGACCUCAGCAUCAAGGCGGCCCCGGACGGAGACGGACCCGAGGAGAGUAAAGAAACUUCGGAAGCAUCCAGCCAGAAAGACGAAGAAUCCCUGUGCAUCUCAGGUAAAAGUCGAUCACACACACCUGAAAGUGACGUCAGCCUUGAGCCCAGUGAAAGAAAUCCAGAAACCUUUGAAAACGAAGAUGCCAGAGAAAAUGCCAAGAACAACAAUGUCUCCACCACACAGCUGCCCAAGAGGACCUCCAUGACCAUGAGAGGUAAAGCCGCAGCCUCAGCCACGACAGUCACCGUGUAGGCCCCCAGCAUAUCAUGACCCCUUUGUUGCUUUCAUUCACAGCAUAUCGGUGUUGGGAUACUUCUUAGAUAACUGACAGUAUCCAACGUGGUACAAAGGGAGAGUGAAGAAAUGUAACAAUAUUCUGAUCUCUUUAUUUUGCAUGCAAAAUUUAAGACCACUUAUCAAAUGUUGGGUGUCUGAGAUGAACUGGAGUGUAUAUUUGACCACCUGAGGAUUUCAGCUCCGUGUGAAUUUCUCCUCAGUACUCGCAUUGAAAAGAAGAUACUUUAAACAGAAAAAUGUGAUAUUAUAUGGGAUUUGGUGAAAAAAAUUUUUACCCUAAGUCAUUACAUGAUUAAUAAUAGAAAUUAAAAUGUUUUUACAUGCAAAUUAUAAGAUUUGUUUCUGCAGAUGCAUAUUUAUGAUAUAUAUCAUCAAACUAAUAUGAUUGUUUUACCAAAUUCUUUACUAUAUACACAUGCAAAUUUCCCUCUAGAAAUAUGCAUAUUUUUCAUUAAAGUUUUCAUAAAGCUGCAUGAUUAGAUUCAAACUUUCUGAGUACAAAGAAAAUUUUGUGUAGAUGCUGUUACAUACAUGUUAUUUAAGUUUUCCAAUAAUGACUCAUAAUUUAAGUUCUGUAAUUUGUUAUUGUUAUUGUCAGUAACAUGCUUACUGAAGUAUCUUCCAGCAUAGCAAAAGUGCAUCUGAGAUCCCAUUUCUUUACAAAUGUAUAUUAGUACAACAGGAACCUGAAAAAUAGAGGAGUAGGAGCCGUAAUACCCACGAGGGUUGUUGUGCGUGCUCCUCACUGGUAAUUAUAUCACAUGCUGAACCUGUGAAUGCAAUUAAUGUACAUGUGUCCUCCAGAAGAUCAGCUGUCAACAUUGUAAGAACAGAUAAAUCAUGCAACACUAAUGAAGUGCUAUCAAAGUUAGUAACACAUUGUAUGAUCUGUUUUUGUUCUCUCAUGAGCCAUUGAUGUGAUGUUGUAGAUGUAACAUACUUAACCUGGCCACAGAUCUACUUUUAUUGUGUUCAUUGGAUAAAUACCAUCAUGAAUGCACCCCAGCUCUGCAGCCUCUUUCAGUUUGAGGAACAUGACAUAUCCAGAUUACAAAGGAAAACAAUGCAGUCUGUGGGUGUUUUUAUCAGCGAACAGAUACAGGAGCCAUCCACAGGGUUCACAAAUUUAAUAUUCAUCUAAGCAAAGAAUACUGUAACAUUUUUGCAUUUUUCUCAUGAAAUGACUUAGUAAAAUCUACCAAUGCUUUCCAAGGUAGCUGUUUGCCAUGGGGACGAGGAUGUGAAAGUUUGUGCCAUGUUAAGUACAUUAGACUGCCUGAAAACGGCCAUAUCAGUACGUGAUCACCAUAUCAGCCUGCGCCGGCACCCUGGCCGUGCCGGGGCAGGUAAAUUAGACUACAUGUGUUAUGUUGCAUAAUUCCAUUGUUGUUGGAUUAUUCCAGUGACUUUCCAAAACCAUGCCAUUCUUUUAUUAUAAUGGAGUUGUCUUUCACUAACUUUUGAGAAUAUAUAAUGCUGUAUAUUUUUUUGCUUGCCAGUUUAUUCCAGAAUGUAUUAUAGGUUAUAUACUUUAUGCACAUAAUCCGUGGCCAAAAGUUGACUUUACUUAAUUGUGCCAAAUAUGAAAUAAGUUUAUUUUUUGUUUAUAGUAGUGACAGUAGUUAAGGAAACCUUUAAAUAUUUCUGUUAAUAUUGCCAAGUAAUUUAUUAAUAUGUAAAAUCAUUUAACCAUCAUCAUUGCAUAUAUUUCCCAUUUCAUAGCAUCAUAUCAUUGUACAUUUGUUUUCUUAUACACAGAACAAUAGUUAAUAUCCUAUAAAAUAUAUUAUGCAAAUACCAAAACACUGCACUCACACCCUUCAAGCUUUUCUUCAUGAAUUAUAUAUGUAUAUAUAUAUACUUCAGAAUAUUUAUGUAUUUUUUGUAGGAAACGUUAAGUAACGGAACUAAAUAAGGGAAGUGUUCGUGAUACUAUAUUUACUUAUUUUAUAAUACUUUUGUGAUUUAUGUUUUUAAAGUUGAUUAUAUUUACCGUAUGCUUUGUAUGAAUCGUACACCUGCAGGUAUUGAAAGGUUCCCUCAUUAGACCGACAUUAUUUACCAACUAUAGUUUGUCUUCUCAUAUAUCAUUACAAGUGGAAAUCACCAGUACAAGUUAUAACGGAGAACAGUUGACAGGAAUGAAUCAACAGCGAGUUCCACGAUGAAAUACUUAGGACGGGACUGAGACCGCAUUUUUUACUCAUGUGUAAAUUUUUUCUCUCCUUAGAAAAUAUUAAUCACUUAGGAUGCAAACUAAAAAUCAAAGGAUGUAUUACUAAGGAAUUACUAAUCACAUAUCAACACUGGGAAGAACAGUAUACUUUGAAGGGGUUUCCCAAUAUUUCCUGUGCAUAUCAAGUUACAAUGAACCACAACUUUCUUAUCCUGCUCUGCAUCAUAUCACUUCCGCUUCACCAGCAUGUGUUAAAAAGGGUCUGCUGUCAAGAUUUGUAAGGGGUCAAAAUCAUUUAUAUAUAUAACUUGAUACAGUAUUUCAUAAUUCCUAAAAACUGCUAGUGAUAGAAGAGCACAUAUAUUCAAAUUAUUUAUACUAAAAUAUAAAAGUUUUCCUGCCAUUCUUUCAUCUUUGGUAUCAGUCCAUUUAUCACUAUGACUUCUUAUUCAAAAGAUGUAAGCAAUCCACCCAUUAGUAUAGUUUUGAGGAAGAGUUCUUUACAGUCUGUGUGUUAACAGUCUUGACUUAUCACAUACAUAAUUAAGUUUGGACUUUUGAGGAUGCACUGAUACAUCUUAUAAUUACAUAUCCUGAAAAGAGCAUCAUCAUAGUGUUGAGAGUAAUUACUGUAUUUACUGUUUAAGAAGUCUGAAGCCCUGCGUGUUCCAUGGAGCAGCAUAACUUCCAUCAUGAAUGUCCUUCAUCUAAUCAUUUUUAGCAUAUCAAUUUCACACAAAGCUUCCAAUUAUGAGUGAUAAGUGUUGUGUACAUAUUUCUAAUAUAACUGUAGUUGAAAUCAUCAUAAAGGAAAACCAACAGUAACUAUUUAUGAGAAAAAAAACAGUGUAAGAGCAGCAUUGUUUAUGUAGUUUAUGAAUCUGCUUCGCUCACACUACAAAAUUUCCUCAGCUUUUGUGAGCAGCAAAACUGUAAUGCAUCCAAAGCUUUAACGUAGGUUACUCACUCCAUGAAUGUGGUUAUUUAAACAUGCUGAGGCAGUGGCAGCCAAUAGGUCACUUUUUUGUUGUCUGAGCUUACCACUGAAAAAGGAGUUGCCCGAUGGAUACAAGAGACUAGCCAUUGUAAGGAACAGAGAAGUCCAUUACUGUUGCUAUUAGAUAUAACACUCUUGAGGUUUUUAUUUAUCUAGAUUAAAUGUUUUGCAUCAAAGUGGCUAAACAGAAACUAAUAAAAUUCUGUAUAUUAUUGUCUCACUGUUUUUAUGGUAAGAUAUUGAUGAUGGCAUAUCAUGUGGAUAAACAAAUGUCAGACAGGUUCUUUCUAUUCAUUAGUGAUGAUUAUAUAAAUUUUGUAAUCUUUUUGUUCUCAGGACUACAGUCAAAAAAGAGUUGGCUGGCUGGUGGUCAUGAAAGAAAGAACAGUUUUAGCUGUCCUAAUGACUGCAUAUCUAUUCAGUUCUCUCCUAAUAUUUAAAAAAAAAUAUUGUUGUGUUCAAUUUAGAAACUGCCCUACCCUAAUGUGAUGUCAUCAAACAACUUGCUCAUUGCUUAUUCAAGAGUGAUUUUAUGUGGCAAUACAAGGCAUUCCCAAGAGUGAACAGUACGUCACCUUUAUUGCUUAUUCAAGAGUGAUUUUAUGUGGCAAUACAAGGCAUUCCCAAGAGUGAACAGUACGUCACCUUUAUUGAGACAUACACUAUAGCUGCCUCUUGCAUCAGUGUAUAUCUCCAUCACCUCAGCUCUUGAGCCUGUGGUGGGUAAGGACCCAUUAACCCGAGACAAAAUGACAAUGUGACAUCUGGGUUACUAAAGUUUCCCUUCCCCAGGUUUCCCCAGGUACCCAUUUAUCGAUCGGCCUAAAAGGGAGAGUGAACACCACUUGAGUGGCCUGUGAGGCUGCUGCCAAGGCUGGGAUCAAAUCCUGGCCCAUGGAUUUAAAGCUUGGCAUGCUAACCACUACACCACAGAGCACUUAUAUGAUGAUAAAUGUGACAUAUAGCAAAUUAUUACGUAUAGCAAGGCAGUUAUAAUGAGUUCAGUGAAGGAGCAUCAUAGAUAUGAUCAUCCACUUAAUGCCAUUUGUACUAGGGUUGAAAGUUCAUUCUUGUAUUUGUGACUAUGAUGCAGAUUUUUAUACGCUGAGUGACUUCAUAGGUAAUGAAUGUAUAAAUCUGCAGAUGUUAGACAUUUCUUUAAAUCAAAACAGUGAAGCCAAUCAAAACGUGAAAUGAAUUUUUCAUGAACCGGAACCCUCAUCGCUACCCAAAUGAUUUGAAUCUGAAUUUUAAAAUUAAUGUCAUUAAAAAGGUAAAGGUACAAAACCUUGAAGUACAAGGAUCUUUAUCCUGUAGACUGGAAAUAGUCUGCCACAACUGGUUUUCAAUGAAAACAUGAGAAACAUCUCUAAACAUUUGUUGGAAAAAUAAAUUAAUGAAUAUACAUUUGGUUAUGUCAAAUUUUCAUCCCGGAACAAGGAUGCAUUUUUAUUAAUUGCAUGUGACACAUUUAGUUUAUUAAAGAUUUAGAUGAUAGAUUGGUGGGCAGCAAAACAUGAGUACCAUUUUAUGACCAGGUCCAUCUCCUCCACUCAUGAAUAUAUAAACAAUAUCAAAUGAUUAAAAAAAAAAAAAAAGCUGCAGAACAAAGUUUGCAGUUUGAUGCAAAAAAGUUACAAUAUAUUACCAUACCCAAACUUUUAUAAAGAGAAAAAAGAACUUUCUAUAAUUCCUGCCACUUAAUUGCCUCAGCAGCAAAUAACCACACAGAGCACGUCAUGCUGCAUGGCUGCAAACUGUCCCCAGCCUUCUGCCAGUAACUUAGCAUGUUACUUCAUAUGGGCUCUGUGUUUAACACACACACACACACACACACACACACACACACACACACACAUACACACACACACACACACACACACACACACACACACACUAACAAUUAACAAAUAUUUAUCAGUGGAAGUCAUUGUAGAAGCAUGUUGAUGAUGUAGAUGCUGGAGAUGUCUUACAAUCUCUAUAAUGUUUUGGUGAACACUAAUUUAGCACUGACGAUAAGUUUUUCAAUUAGUGGAGCAUACGCAGAACGUCCAAGUAUUUUUGGCUGACAUCACUGUUUGUGAUUGUGAAGUUUGUAUGCAUAGUAAUGAGACAUGUUCUUGACUUUAUGUUGAUAGGUAAUAAUACGAGUGACUUUGCUGCAUCAGUCACUCGUCAUACACCCGGCAUCCUGCACAUCCCACACUCUGUGUGUUAUAGACUUCCAUCAUUCCACUCACUCUGCUGUAGAAUAGUCAGGGAACAACAGAUAAUACAGAUAUAUAAAUAUGUAUAGCAGUUUGUAUGUACAGUACAUUCAAUGUACAAGUUUGGUUUUCCUCUUAGUAUAUUGUAAUUUAUGCAUAAUGAAAAUGUAGAGGCUACUUACUUUAGAAAAUACUGAAUACUAAACUUUGUGUGAUAUAUAAUAGCAAUUAUGAUAUUGCACAUGAAAUGAUAAAACUCACUUUUCAAUCCCUAUUUUGCUAAAUACUAAGUGUAGGACAAAUUGUGCAACAGAAAUAUUCAGAAUAACAGUUGUGUCACCAAAACUUUGUGGUGAUGCAGUGAAGCUUUCUUAUAAAAUCAUGACAUUUUGAUAUGUAUGCUGAGCACAGUAUACCUGAUUUAUGUAUCGUACCAAAUUAUACUAUGCAAGUUUAGUCUACUAACAUGAACGAUUAUGGAUCAGUAUCAAAACCAUUUUCUUCCAACAUAUCUUUCCAUCAUUGUAGGGAGUUUUAUAGUCACAUUUAUAAGUAGAAGUUAGAAUGUAAUAGGUACAAUGGCUUAGGGCAAUUAUACAUUAAUUGUUUUUUCUUUUGCUUUGGAGAGAAGUAUUUGUCUGGGUAAGUUUACAUGCUACACAGUAUAUUACUGUAAUAUUUCCUCUUCAGAACCAUGACCUGUAAAACAGUGCUAACACUUCACUGCAAAUGGAACUUCUACGAAGAAAUCUUGCCUUAUAUUUACUCUGUUUAGGAUUUUGCCUUUUCUUGCAGGUGCAAGUGUAGGGGGCAUAGCUAGUAUGCCAUUGUAAUUGCAUGAGUGAUUGCUUAUUUAAUAAUUGUACUGAAAACACUUUCCUAUGCAGGAUCUUCAAAGCAGUUAUGCAAAUAUCAUUGUUACAUUCUUUUUUUAAUAAAAUGCACAGUAAAACUUUUAAUAGCCAACUUACGGCCUAUGUUUAAUCUCACAGUAGACCAUAAAAUCUUGGACAAGAUGUUCGAGAGGCUUUGUAUGUAUUUAUACUACAGGAUUUUGUUUUCUUAUUGGGAGUAAAAUUGAGCCGAGGACUAAAAUGAAAGUUGGACAUCAGCUCCUCUGUUGUUCAACACCAUGUGCAUUCCAUGUGAAAGAUUCAUAUCAGAGGUGGUAUAUAAAGUAUUUUGUAAAGAAUAUGCAAAAAUUUCUUACCUCCUAAAAUUUGGUACAUUAUACUAAGUAAAGUCCAACCAACAACUAAGAUGUGAUAGUUUCCCUAUUAUUAAGUUCUCGCCAUCCCUCCCAGGCAGGGUGCCGCGACUCAGGCCCAGUCGGAGUCUGAGGCAAGUAUCCUUUAAUUGCUAUUAAUGUUUCAAAGGGCACAGCAUAAGCAAUAAUUAUUUCAAAUUUGCAAUCUCCUUUACUCAGUCAGAUAGAAUAGCAGUAUAUAUAUAUAAGUAUUUAGCUGCCAUAUCAAAGAUACAUAUCUUUCAAUAGAAUUUCUUCCUUCCAUUUUUGCCAUUGUUAUUGAUGUCAACUCAUUUUCUAUAUUUUAUAUUAACUGUUAAUUAUGUUGGAAACACAAUAAUAAAGACAUUAAUCUAUA